ACUGGCUAUUUCUUCAAACGAGAAAGUCUGAGAAAUGUCUUUUUCUCUGGGCGACACCGUCAGCAUCCCAGCCAUAAUGUACAGGCGGGAACAAGCGAGUGUUUGCGUCCUCCAGACAACAUUUGGAUUGUCAAGAACUCAAAGGUGUCAGAGUGCUGAAUUCUGAAUGCCAUUAUCACCUUUACUGACAUCAUCGCACGUCACUGAGGCGCCUAUUUCACCCAUCACUCUUCCCGUCUCCUAGCUAGAGCUAAAGUCACUGAGAAGCUCCUCUUUCUCACCGUUUGACCCCUGCUGCUAUGGAGAACCUUAGUGAGCUCCAGAACCCGUUAUUGGACAAAAACAGUAAGCACAUGGUCAAUGGUUAUGGGGGAGACUUCCCUAAUAACCAGUACCAGGAAAAUAUUAUUAAUUAUUUUGCUGGAGGAGGGGGUGGUGGUGGAGGGGAGGGAGGAGGAGGUGGAGGAAAGGUAAAUAACAGCAACAUAGUGAGUGGAGGAGGGUACAAUACCAACGGGAAGGUCAAAUCUCAGCAACUUUUGGAUGCCACCUCGCUGCAUCUUGCAGUAGAGGCCUUCUACAGGCCUAACUUCAUCCUAUACAAGGAGGACAGCAGCAGCAUCAAGGCUAAGGAAUACAAAAGCGAGUGCUGUGAGACCACCUUUACGGAGAAGAAGGCAAAGGAGGCAUCCAACACAGCAGGGGCGGACACGCCUGGCACGGAGGAUCCUCAGGCGAAGCUGCUGGAGGACAGCGAACACAUCAAGAUCCAAACGGUUUCCUACGAGGUGGAGGAGGAGGAGUACGUGGAGUACGAGACGGACUGCUCCAGCGACAGUGAGAGCGAGGACAACUUCAUUGUCGUCCCUCCACGAGACCACCUCGGCCUGGCCAUCUUCUCCAUGCUCUGCUGUUUCUGGCCUCUGGGGAUUGCGGCAUUUUACUUCUCACAAGGGACCACCAAGGCGGUGAACAAAGGUGACUUCCCACUGGCCAACAUUGCCUCCCGACGGGCUUUAUUCCUCGCUGCCCUCUCCAUCACUAUAGGCACUGGUGUGUAUGUGGGGGUGGUGGUAGCGCUCAUUGCUUACCUUUCUAAACCAGGACACAUAUAGCAGCCGCAACUUCCCUCCACACACCUCUGGGGAACCCAGGAGUAGAAUAACGCCCUCUGGGAAAUGGCUUUUCUCCUGCAGACUUUGAGGGAAGUUUUUUGGGAAUGUACAGUUUUUUCCCUCCACUUUCUUUUCUUUCCAGCCUUCUCUCCCCAAAAGCCCUCUGUCAGAUUAGCAACAGUGACUGGAGAGAGGUCAAGCUGAGUGUGAGAGGAGGGGGAAUUGGGGAUAGACAAAGUUUUUUUUCUGUUCAGACAGGGAGAGGGUUUGAGUAAUGGAGGUAUUCCAUGUUGGAGCCCAGUUUACAUCCCAUUGACUUAAACCCCUGUUGGCUUCAUCCUCUUCUGGGUGGUUUUUAACGUCUAACGUCUACAGACACUUUGAGGCUAUAGGACUGAGACGGUAACUCCUUGAAUUUAAGCAAUUAUUAAAGAGCAGAGGUUGAGGAUGGUUAGAAAUAAACACAAAUUAGUCUUAAACCGACUCCAUGCUACUGUUAUUUAAGCUGCUUUUAAAAUUGAAGCCUUUCUGUGGAGUCCUGUUCCCUGUCAUCUCAGUUUGCCAACCAGGACUGUCUUUAAUAGACUGUGUUCUGCCCUCAUCAACUCCAGAUACCAAGACUACAUUUGUCUCUGCACUGACUUCCUCACAGUGGAAGAUAAAAAAAAAAUACAUGACUAAGUUCACAGUUUCUUAAAACAUGACAAAGGAGGGCUUUCUGGAGAAACUUCAGAAGAAAAAAAAACAGAACUACUGAUAACAGUUUCUAUGAAUAAAGAAUAAAACACUGAGAGGUUGAAAAAGAAUGAUCACAUACAGUCAGGAACAGUGGCUGUUUCCUUUCUUACUGAACAAUAUGCAUUGGCAUGAAUUACAAGAAUCACAAUGUAGCCUCAGGCUUGUAUUUUACCUUGGAGAAGGUGUCCAUCCAUUAAAGACGUACCCUGAAGUCUAACAAAAUCUGUUCAUGCCAGAAAUAGUUUGCCUACAUACAUGCAAAUGUGCUUUGUUUUUAUGUUUGUCUUUUUACAUUCUCCCUGGUGUCUAAAGG